UCUCUUCACAGUUCACCCUCCCACCCAGUUUUGUGUCAUCUGCAAAUUUGGAGAUAUUACAUUUAAUUCCCUUAUCCAAAUCAUAUAGUCAAUAGCUGCGGUCCACCCGUUGAUCCCUGUGGUACACCCCAAUCACUGCCUGGCACUCAGAAAAAGACCCAUUUAUUCCAACUCUUUAUUUCCUGUCUGCCAACCAUUUCUCUGUCCAUGUCAGUCCACUAUUCCGAAUCCCAUUCUCUCUCAUGUGCAACCUGAUCAAAAAUCUUCUGAAAAUCCAAGUAAACUACAUCCACUGGCUCCCCAUUAUCAACUCUACUAGUCACAUCCUUGAAAAAUCCAGGAGGUUGUCAAGCAUGAUUUCCCUUUCAUAAUCCAUUCUGACUCUGUCCAAUGAUGUCACUGUUGUUCAAGUGCUUUGUUAUUAAAUCUUCUGUCAUGGAAUCUAGCAUUUUCCCCACUAUCAAUGUCAGACUUUCUGGUUAAUAAUUCCCUGUUUUCUUUUGACCUCCUUUUCCAAAAAGUGGAGUGACAUUAGCUACCCUCCAAUCCAUAGAAACUGUUCCAGCCACUGGAAUGUUGCAAGAUGACACCAAUGCAUCCAUUCUUUAUAGGGUCAAUUCCUUAAAUACUCUGGGAUAUAGAUUAUCGAGCCCUGGGGAUUUAUCAACCUUACAUCCCAUGAAUUUCCCCAACAUCAUUUACACAUUAAUGCUGAUUUGCUUCAGUUCCUCCUUCUAUGCAAUAUAAUGUUUAAUGUCACUGUGAGCAGGGAUACUGUCUCGAUUAGUGGGUUUAUAAUUUCAGGUUCACAGGAAGCUGAACUUUCCCUCAAAAAGAAAGAGAUUUCCCAUUUACAGGUGCGCACAUCCAAUUCCAGCACUGCCGACGUGACAGCCGCUCGAGUUCGCGCGCUCUCAAAUUCGAACUCCCGAACGUUGGGCACUAACCGUUGCCACGCGGGUAAGAACUACAACUCCCGUCAGACAUCGCGGGCUGUUUCGCCCUGAUUCCAUUCUCCCGCUCCUCACUAGGCAAACGCGGGUUCCAUAUGAAACAUGGGUAAUGUAGUCCAGAGCGGAAUUGUGAGCGGUUUGGAUGAAUUGAGUUGAGUACUCGUCGAGGUUUUAAACAACCUUAGUGAAGGGGGAGCUUUCUGGGCUUGGGACUGCAAUUCACUUAAUGUUUGAGGAGAUGGACUAACCCUCUCUCCAUCGAACACAGGAAAGCACUUCCAGAGAAAAUUUCUCCAACAAUUUCUCACCAAAUGGAGGAUGUGAACUCAUUGGCGAGAGUGCAGAAAAUCUACAAGAAUGGCUCCUGGAAUGAGAAGCACAGCCUGGCAGUCUGGUGGAGAAGGAUUGCACUGUACUACUUCAGAGAAUUCAGAGAGGGUAGACAUCACAGAUAGAUCCUGACCAUCCCCCAAGGAAGAACUGCAAAACUGUGGGAAGAUAUCCAGUCCCAUCACAGCAUUGCUCAACAGAGAGAAGGUUGGGCAGUGAAACCAUCAUCUGGAAAUCAGCUGGGUCAAGGGAGCGUUAACGUAUCUCCAGAUCUAAAACUGGUUGGUGGUGUGGAGCCUUCCAUCAAAACCAACCUCUCCGAAGGUUUGGCUUUGGGUGAUCAGUCAGGGUGAGGCUGGGAGAUAAUGAGAGUGGGUUCCAAGUGUGGUGAGAGCUCCAGUCAUUCAUUAAGCCUCAUGAUCCACUGACUCAUUCCUGCAGGGGAGAGUUCAAGAGUGAGCUGUAUUCGUGAAACUUCACACAAUCAUCAAUGCUCAUGAAUCAGCAACACAUUCACACUGGGGAGAAGCUAUUUAAAUGUGAGGUUUGUGACAAGGGCUUUGCACAAUUAUCAGGCCUGGUGAAUCACCGGCGCAUUCACAUGGGGAAAAAAUCAUUCUUAUGUGAGAUAUGCAACAAAUCAUUCCUGCAGUCAUCGAAGCUCCUUGUGCACCAACUUAUUCACACAGGGGAAAAGCCGUUCACGUGUGAAGUGUGUAUCAAAUCAUUCUCCCAGUCAUCAACCUUGCGCAAACACCAACGAAUUCACACAGGGGAGAAACCAUUCAGGUGUGAGGUGUGUGAGAAAUCAUUUUCACAGUCAGAGAACCUCUGCAGACACCAACGCAUCCACACAGGUGAGAAACUGUUCAAGUGCAAGGUCUGUGACAAAUCAUUCUCUGACUCAUCGAGACUCUUGCGCCAUCAGAGGAUUCACACGGGGGAGAAACCAUUCACGUGUGAGGUAUGUGAUAAAUCAUUCGCCGUGUCCUCACACCUCCGUGUGCAUCAACGCAUCCACACAGGGGAGAAACCUUUCAGAUGCAAGGUGUGUGACAAAGUAUUCUCUCAGUCAGAGAACCUGCGCACACAUGAACGUGUCCACACAGGGGAGAAACCAUUCACAUGUGAUGUGUGUGACAAAAAAUUUGCACAGUCAGGACAGCUCCGCAUACACCAACGCAUUCACACAGGGGAGAAGCCAUUCAUGUGCAAGGUUUGUGACAAAUCAUUCUCUGAUACAUCAGGUCUCUUGCUCCAUCAGAGGAUUCACACAGGAGAGAAACCAUUCACGUGCGAAGUAUGUGACAAAUCAUUCUCAGUGUCAUCAACACUCCACAAACACCAACGCAUACAUACAGGGGAGAAACCAUUCACGUGUGAAGUAUGUUUCAAAUCAUUCUCAGAUUCAUCAUACCUCUGCAGACAUCAACGUAUUCAUACAGGAGAGAAACCAUUCAUAUGUGAUGUGUGCAACAAAUCGUUCUCAAGGUCAUGCAACCUGCUGCUUCAUAAGAGAAUUCACACAGGCGAGAAACCAUUCACUUGUGAAGUUUGCAAUAAAUCGUUUUCGUCAUCAUCAACCCUCCGCACACACCAUCACAUUCAUACUGGGGAGAAACCAUUCACCUGUGAAGUAUGUGACAAAUCGUUCUCUCAGUCAGGGAUCCUGCGCACACACCAACGCAUCCACACAGAGCGCAAACCUUUCAAGUGCGAAGUGUGUGACAAAUCGUUCUCACAGUCAGAAAGCCUUCACAGGCACCAAUGCAUCCACACAGGGGAGAAACCUUUCAUGUGCAAUGUAUGCAGCAAAUCAUUCUCACGGUCCUGGAACCUCUUGUUCCACCAGAGGAUUCACACAGGGGAGUAAAAAGUUUGUGAUAAGCCUUUCCUAAUAUCUUUGAUGAUCUAGAACAUUACAAGAUACACACAGGAGAGAAAUGCUUUGAUGCAACUUUUGUGACAAGGCUUUCACGUAGCAUUUUUCCUGGUCCAUCAACACACGAAUGCAGGGUAGGAACCCUGUUGGUGUAUGUUCUGUAAUGAAGCCUCCACACAGUUGUUUUAUCUCUCAGAAUAUCAGCAGACCCACAUGGGAACCAUAUACCCAAGUAUUUGCCAUUCUGUCAUCACAAUAUGAAUUCCCUUCCUAAGGGCAUUGUUGAUCUACCUACAGAACAAAGACUGCAGUAGUUCAAGAUGGCACCUCGCCACCACUUUUCAAGGGCAACUAGGGGCAAACAAUAACAACUAUGCCAAUGUCCCAUGAGUGAAUUAAAAAUAACUGUACACAAACUCACUGUGCAGGGUGUUCAGUGGGACUGGGACACAGAACAAGAAACAGCUUUCACUCCCAUCAGACAACUAGUGACAACAACACCAGUGCUGAGGGACUAUGUUGUCAACAGUAGAGUCACCCUGCCAGUGAAACAGGACUUAGGCCAACCCCCAUGCAGUGAAGACAACCAGUUGUGUUUCUAUCCAGAGAGUUAACACAAGCUAAACAAUACUGUACAUAGAUUGAAUCUGAUUAUUGUGCUCUGGUUAUUGUGCCUCGCAAAGUAUGUUACUUAAUGUACAGAGAUAUCGCUGGGAAGUGAAGUACAAGCAAGGGAAGCAGAUGUACAUCAAUGACAUGCAGUCGAGUGCUGAAUUGUCUAAGAAGGAAGUUGAUGCUGGUACACAGUAUGAAAUAUUCCAGAUUCAACAAGAAGUAACGUGCUUUAGGAGGCAACAACCCAAUGGAAACAUUGAUCCAGAUCUUCUAAUCUCGAGGUCAUCAGAAACUGGUCAUAAAGCAUAAAAUGUUCAAUGAACCCCCUUGCAACUUCCGACAUACUGACUUGAUGGAAAUUUCCUGAGAAGUUUCAAAGUCCAAUGGGGAAAAUGACUAAAAAAAGUCUCCCAAGUCUGAAUUAGUGUCAGAGACUUUGCUCAGUUCCAAUAUACUCAUAUAAAUUUUGUGUCAUUUUAUUCUUCUGUAUUUUUAAUUGUGGUCUGAGAUGAGAAAAGAACUGUUCUAAAACAAGGUUUGCUGGGGGAUUGUUGAAUGUUUUGAAAGCAAGUAACCUGACUCUCAUUGCAGGCAUCUGGUUCCAGCAGUAUCUGAAAUGUACUUUGCAGGCAAGUUGGAACCAGAGAGUUGUGUACAAUGGAGUUUUGGCAGUUAGUAGCUGAUUGGGUUGUGGAGCAGUGAACAGUUAUUGCUGACCAAGGCUUCUGCCUGCCAACAACUGUGAUUUGUUCUCAAGUAACUGAACAGCUUGAGGCAGCUUGGAGUUUAGGAACUGUUUCUGUUGUCUGCAACAAAACCUACUAUAAACCUGAAGAAUACCUAGUUUAAUUUUGCUUCAGCAGUUGCUGUAAAUGAUUGUUUUUAAUUAAUCAGUUUGAGAUUUUUUAAAAAGAUGAAUUGGUUCCUGUGUCACCUGCAAACUAGUGAAAGCAUCUGGCGAAACAAGACCAAGAGACAGCUUUCUGACCAAGAUUCACAAGAAUCAUCUCUGCACGUGAUGAACGGGAACCACUGUUACUUUUUUACCCCUGUGUCUGGGUGUAAAGGGGAGUUUGAAAGGGUAUUAAGAGUUUUAACUAGUACAGUUAUAUGCCAGAAGCUCCUAAUUGUCGACCUGUAGCUAGAAUCUAUUUACUUGUAAUACGUAGACAUUCUUAUUAAGUACAGAAACUUAGUCAGUGUUUUCUGUUUGCUUGGGUCUAAAACGCAGGUAAAUUGGAGAAUUUUGUGUACUUUUUAAUAUCUUUUAAUUUUUUUGAUGUCUCCAAGAGUAGUGGGGCUUGAUUUGCAGUGUGCUAUCCCAGUGAGGUAUAACAUUUAACUUGAUAGUUGCCCAGGAGAUUUUAAACCGUAACCCCCAAACUAACCUCUGACCCAUUGACUGUUGCCAACAGAUCCCUGUCACCUCUGACUCUUGGCCGGACAACUGCAUGGCCUGACCUGACCGGCCGCCUCCCUAGACCCAACCUGACCAUCCCAAACACCCGAUCACCUCAAUCAGAUUGAACUCCCAUCCCAACAACCCUUCCUGACCUGAGUAACACCUAACCUACCUGUACAUUCUCCUACCCUCCCCAACUGUCACUUGACAUACUGACUACACUCGCCCCAUCUACUUACCUAGUUACUUCACCAUCUACCCACCCUAACUCUCAACCAUUCACGUAUUGACCCAUUUAUAUCUUAACAUUCACCCUGGACCUCUACCUUGAGCAGCUGGCUCUGUAAAUAAAAGGUAUGUCUUUUGCCUUGA